GCCAGGGAUGGGUUGGGCUGGGCUGGGGUGGCCUUGCGCCUGCGCGGUCACACCUGAGGACUGAGGGCAAACUGGGAUUGAGGAACAGAGUUCUCUGACCUAACUGAGGGCUUUGGCGACAAGAUGCAGGACCCCAAUGCAGACACCGAGUGGAAUGAUAUCCUGCGCAAGAAGGGUAUAUUGCCCCCAAAGGAAAGUUUAAAAGAACUGGAAAAGAAGAGGGAAGAAGAAGAAGAGAACCACAUCCUUCAGCAGUCAAUAGUGAAAACAUAUGAAGACAUGACUUUGGAAGAACUAGAAGAAAAUGAAGAUGAAUUUAAUGAGGAAGAUGAGCGUGCUAUUGAAAUGUACAGGCAACAAAGACUUGCAGAAUGGAAAGCAACUCAACUGAAAAACAGAUUUGGAGAAGUUUUGGAGAUAUCAGGGAAAGAUUAUGUUGAAGAAGUUACCAAAGCUGGCAAAGGCUUGUGGGUAAUCUUGCACCUUUACAAACAAGGAAUUCCUCUAUGUACACUUAUAAACCAGCAUUUUAGUGGACUUGCAAGGAAGUUUCCAGAUGUGAAAUUUAUCAAGUCUAUUUCAACGACAUGUAUACCUAACUAUCCUGAUAGAAAUCUGCCCACAAUAUUUGUCUAUCUUGAGGGAGAUAUCAAAGCUCAGUUUAUUGGUCCUCUAGUAUUUGGUGGCAUGAACCUGACAAGGGAUGAAUUGGAGUGGAAACUUUCUGAAUCUGGAGCAAUCAAAACUGAUCUAGAAGAAAACCCUAAGAAACAAAUUGAAGAUAAAUUGAUGUCCUCGAUCAGAUGCUCUCUUCCAACAAAGAAAGAAAGUGAUUCAGAAGACGACUAAUUUCUUUAUUUUUGUAUCCCUUUGCUGAACUUUCUUGGAAUGAGGAACAUAUCUAGAAUUUUUUAAACUUAGAAAAACAGAAAUAAAAUCUUUUUAUUAGAAAAAAUGUUUUUUUAACCUUUUAAAAAUUAAGCAAAAAAUUUACCAUGCCUCAGAAUUAAUGGAUGCUGGAUAUCUUAUUACAUAAAGAACAAAUUAAUAUAUUGUGGUAAAUUAUUUCAAUUUAUUUUUCAUUUAUGUUUUAUAGCAAAUAAAACUAAGUCUGCAUUUAUUUCCAUUUAACUAUGCUAUGAAAUAAAUUUGGGGAAUUUUUUUUCUCUUUUGUGAAUAAAUUACAAUGAACAUUUUAUCAAUUGGACUUUGUGAACCCAACAUACCAUUAUGGAUUAUUUAUUUCUUUUAUUGUUUGUAACAAGUUACCCUAAAGAUUUGACCUUAUAAGAAUAUAUGACACUUUCCUCCAGACUGAGGUAUUUGAUCUAAAAACAUGUUGAUUAAAUAUGAUUUUUCUACCUA